AUGAAUUACGAAUUCGAGCGAGAGAGCGGAUUUAUCAAUAGUCAGCCGUCGCUUGCUGAGUGCCUGACAUCUUUCCCCCCUGUCGCUGAUUCAUUUCAAAGUUCAUCAAUCAAGAGCUCGACACUGAUUCCUCCUCCCUUCGAGCAGACCAUCCCCAGCCUCAACCCGGGCAGCCAUCCGCGCCACGGCCGCCCGAGACACAGCCCCGACGGAUGCAGCCCGCUGCCCACCGCCUCUCUGCCUCCGGAGUACCCGUGGAUGCGGGAGAAGAAAGCCUCCAAGCGGAACCACCUGCCCACAGCUACCGCCACUGCCGCCGCCAACAAUGGACCCGUUUGCAGCUUCUCCCCCAAAGGCUCGCCUGAAGUGGCCGAAAACGGAAGCAUCAACGGCGGCUCCCGUCGACUCCGCACGGCCUACACCAACACUCAACUGCUGGAGCUGGAGAAGGAGUUCCACUUCAACAAGUAUCUUUGUCGGCCUAGGAGGGUUGAGAUCGCGGCUCUGCUCGACCUGACCGAGCGUCAGGUCAAAGUCUGGUUCCAGAACCGGCGGAUGAAGCACAAGCGGCAGACGCAGAGUAAGGACAACCACAACGGCGACGCGGGGAAACUCGGCCCCGGCAGCGAGGACGACGACGAGGGGACCGGGUACGAUCUGGAGCGGGACACCUUCUCCUUUCACGACAACAAUGCGGAACCCUCACAGCAGGUCCACAAUAGCGGGUCGGCGAGUUUCAGCAGCAGCAGCAAUGAGAAAAAUGUCAAACAUUUUCUUCCCACUGUUGCGGGCUGCGCGGCAACAAUGGGCCCCGGCUCGGCGGCAUCCGUGCCGGACAAUGGCGACAGUCCCCCAAGCCUGGAUGUUUCUAUACACGACUUCCAAGGCUUUUCGUCGGAUUCCUGCAGCCAGCUGCAGCUCUCCGACGCGGCUUCACCGAGUUUGUCCGAAUCCUUGGACAGCCCCGCGGACAUUUGCGCCGACACUUUUUAUUUUUUCUCCGAAUCUCUGACUACAAUCGACCUGCAGAAUCUCAACUAUUAA